GGGGGGUGAAUCGUGGUGUGUUUAGUGCUACAAAACCUGCUUUUUUGAUAGACAGAGAGAGAAGAAAAGGAAAAAAAAGAAAAAAAAAAAAAACAAAGAACCUGAUGCCCGUUUGAUGUGUUAGUGGGUGGUGCUGUUUUUUUCUCUAUUUCUCUCUCUCUCUUCCUCUCUUCCUCUCUUCACACUUCUCUUUGUCUAUUUCCCCUUUCAAAGACCCUAUUUUUCAUUUUUCUUCUUAUGAAUUUGCUGCUAAUUUCAUCAUCAAAUGCAUAGGUUAAUGGAUGAAGAUUCUGGUGGGGUUGCUUGAUCUUCCUUCUACUGGGUUGUGUUUGUGAGGAUUUUGUGCAAAAGAAGGCCGAUAAGAAGGAGAGAGAGAGCAAGAGAUCAGAAAGAGAGAGAGAAGGAAAGGACUGUACUUUUCUUUUUAUAUAUGCUGAAGUCUAAGUUAAAGAUAAGGCCUAGUAGUGGAGAUAGUAGUAGUAGUAUUAGUAGAGCUUGUGACUGUUUAAAGAACAGCACAAGAUCAUUAGAGAAGCUUUUCAUCAGAUGUUAUCCAUUGAAAACCCUCCACCAGAUCCCCCAUAUCAGCAGCAACUGAAAACGAACAAAGAUGAGAGGCCUUCUCAAAACUUCCCUUUGCCAGAGGAGGAUCUAUCAAACGCCGCCGUUCUUGACCACUCCACAUUCCCAAACUUCUCCUUGAGAGAUUAUGUCUUUGGUUCUCGGAGCAAGGAUAUCCAAAACAACUGGCCAUUUUCCCUCAAGAGUUUGCAGCUUUGCUUGAAACAUGGUGUAAAGGAUUUAUUACCACCUUUUCAGUCUCCCUAUUGUGUGAGGAACCAGCGCCUUGUGGAGCUUGGAGGUGGAAGUUCAACAUCAGAGUUCCAAAAUACAAGUGUUUUUCAUGAGGAGUUUUCUGGGCCUGAAGAACAUGUAGAACUGGACAUAUCAGAUGCUAAGUUGGAUCAAAAGCAAGUAAGCACUUGCAUUGAAUCAAGUUCAUGCAGAUGUGAAGGAGAAAAUGGUUUCUCUUCCACCAUGACAAGCAUCUCACAACCCCUAAAGGAAUUGGUUUCCACAAAUGGACCAUCUAGUUCACCUUUAAAACUAGAUCAUUUAUUGGAAACCCCAGCUGAAGUGGAGCGUACUGGUUUUCCAGCAUCUGAAAAGAACGAAAGUAAAAUCAAAACCCCGGGUAAAAGGUGCAAGAUAAUAAGAAAAUCUACCAAUCACGGUGACCAAACAUCAGCUGCAGAUAUUGCUAUGAGCUUUAGUGCCAUAUCAGAGUCUAUGGCUUCAAAAAUAUGCCCUGUCUGCAAGACUUUCUCCUCUUCAUCAAACACCACUUUGAAUGCUCAUAUUGAUCAGUGCCUUUCUAUAGCAUCAACUCCUAAAUGUACAUCGGAAUCCAAACUCACAAGGUUGAGGAUCAAGCCUAGGAAGACGAAGUUGAUGGUUGAUAUCUAUGCUACAGCUCGUACUUGCACGUUGGAAGAGCUGGACAGAAGAAAUGGUACAGCUUGGGCUACUUUGUCGGGCUUUACUGCUCAGGAUAUUGAAAACUGUCAGACUAAUGGAGGGAAAAAGCAGAAAGUGGUGUCCGUUAUUCCCCCUGAUGACAUUGGUAAUAAUGCAGGUGCAGUUUAUAUCGAUGCCAAUGGCACCAAACUUCGAAUUUUGUCCAAGUUUAGUUCUCCUUCGUCACUGCCGAAAGUAGAAAAUGAUCUUGGUUCGAAGAAACUCAGAGGAUUAAAGGGAAGGAAAUUUCAUUCAGCCAAAAAGAAGAAAUACCAUGCAUCUAAACAUCACAAGUAUUUUAAAUUAGCUGUUCAAGGUAGAAAAGUUUCGUCUCAAAAGUGCAUUUCUCAGGUUCAAGAAGGACACAAUCAAAGGAAUGGAAGUAGUAGCUUGGAGGUACAUAAAAUAACAAAGCAAGUGAAACCCCAUGAUUCUGGAACUUUAUGUCAAUGGGCAUGUUCGAAAAGAACUAGAGCCAGUAAGAGCUCCAGAAAAGAAGGGUAUCAACCUUCCACAUUUAAAUGGCAUGUGUCUCCUGGCACAGCUGUUGAUACUGAUCACUCAGUUUUAGGUGACUCUUUUCUUGAGAGCAGUCAAGUUCGUCAAGUUCAGGAUAAGACCAAUUUUUCUGAGCAUUGUGUUUCAUCUCCUGAAAGCAGUGAGAGAACUGAUAAUUCGGAGUACGAAGCCCAUAUUUCAGACAAGAGAGGGUGGUCACCCGUCAGGAUGAGCCUGAGAAGUUCAUUUUCUGGAGAAAUGGUUGAUAGUGGUUCUCCAACACAAAUGAAAAAGAUUACCAAGCAUCGGAGCAAAGGUAGCUGUUUUGUAGACAACAAUUAUUUGGUAAAAUCUCAAAAUACCAAUGGGAAAAUCAUAAAAGAUUAUCAACCAUCCGAUUUCCCCCCUGGUUUUAACAAGUUGUCAAGAAAUUAUCAUGCAAAUACAGUGAAAACCAGAAAUUUGAACUCUUCCCGAAGAAAAGAGAUCCAUGUGAGCAGCCGAUCAUCUACCGGGUCUAAGUCUCCUCAGUUUAAUCGAUUUUCUACCUAUGAGAAACCUGAUGACCAUUUUGGGUCACGUGUAGAAGAAGAGACAAUUGCCUGGCAUUCGAGUUUUGAUCACAGUCAUAGCUCAUCAGAUGGGAGUAUUGAAAGUGAUCGAUCUGCAAAGGAAGAGGUUACUGAUGUAGUAUCUCCCAAAGUAAGCAUUGAGCUCAAAAACAGAAGUAAUAGAGAAGCAAUGAGCAAAGCCAUAUCUUUGAGUAGUUCAGAUUCGGAACCCGAAUAUGACGGACGUCAUGAGGAGAAAAACAUGGAUUCUCAUGUUAGAAUGGGUGCUGAGUUUCAAGAAAAAAUCAAGCGCUUUGAUCUUGGUAGUAAAGAGAAUUCAUUUCACGGAGAUGUUAGUGUAGAUUCUUCUUCGAAACUAGCUCCAAAGGAGAGCUUCAUGUGCUUUUGUAAAUCCAUGGAUCCACAGUUUCAGAAGACGAACAAUAACGUUAAGACCCGGUGUGGCAUGCUACAAUCUACUCAGACUUGUUCCUGCUCCUUCUAUGGAUCAGAUGGAACAAAAGGUGGUUUCAGUGAAUCCAGUUUCGGUCAUGGACAAGAGAUGUUUUUCGGCGAUGAAGACUGCAGUGCAAUGAUUGGGCAUGAUUCUCAAAGAGAACUGGAUUCUGAAGCCCGGCGAGGAAGUUCUUGUUUUGAGGUAGAUCCAAUAUCUAUUCCAGGACCUCCAGGAUCAUUUUUGCCGAGCCCCCCCAGGGAUAUGAGAUCUGAAGAAUAUCGAGGAAAUUCUUCGUUGAGCAAUAGCUGGGUUCAUUCUUGUCAAGAUCAGCACGAUUUGAUUGAUGGGGAUUCAUCAGGUUCCCCUAUUUCUGCGACGUCAACCAUCUCUAACUCGACAGCAUCUAGAUCUUGUUUUAAGCAUAACAAUGCAUCUGGGGUAUCUUCUGAUGUACUUCAUGAUAAAUUAGGGUCGGUUUCUUCAAAAGCUGGUGCAUUGCCUUCUGUCAAAUAUGAUGUUGGCUUGCCUCAUGUAGUUUGUACAGGAGAUGAAAGAAUAAAUGGUGAUGUGUUUAAAGUCAAUAAGUUAUCUGUUGAAAGGGGAACUCUUGGUGCUGUAAACGAUGGCCAGCCUUGCCGUUGUCAGAGGGUCGACAGAGUUUCUCAAGGCAUCAAUGUAACUUAUCAAGAAUCACAACCGACAAGGCAUCAGGCAUCAGCUUUGGAAACUAUGCCAACCAUGGACAGAAAGCUGAUAACUUAUAGUCUGAAUGUUAGACCGAACAGCUUGGAUGUUAUGCCUGAAGGGCCUGCUGUGAGCAAUUGCCGACAGACAACGCCAGAGAAUAUGGGGUUCCCCAUCAAUACAUCGCCUCUCAAGUCCUAUCCUGUAGAUGGUUUCUCCGAUCCAGGACUGAAGUUUUCAAGGAGUAAUUGUGAGCCUGCUAGUCCAGUUACUUCUAAUCCUGUACUGAGGUUAAUGGGUAAGAACUUGAUGGUGGUAAACAAAGAUGAGGAAGAUGUAGCUAUGCCAGUUAAGCAGCCUCAGCCUCAGCCGCAUCCGCAACUUAACCAUGUCUCUAGUCAGGUUCCAAGUUUUUCUGGUGGUUCCUCGCAAAAUGUUCGUAAUCAAGCCUCUGGCUCCUUUCCUCAUUGGCCACAUCAAGAUUCUUUGAAAGAUCAAAAUGCAGGUAACUUAUUGGGGCAGAGUCUCGAUGUAAGGUUUUCAAAGGGCUUCAGGAACCCUGCUAAUCUGAAUAUGCCAUCAUCACAUGGUCGAGAAUCAGCUACUUCGUUUCUGAAGCAACAGACAGAUGGCGGGCAAACAGCCUCUCGGGCAUAUGAAAGGGACUACACAAACCAAGCAUUGAACUGGACUCAGCGCAAACAAAACGAAGCAUCCAUGUGCAACGCAAGUAGAACCCUCAAAUUGCCCGAUCAUCAGCAGAUUAAUUCACUUUCUGCAACCAAUGUCAUCAAGGAAAUCAAUGCAAUGGGUGAUGCUUCUUAUUGUGAAGCCAGAUUCAUUGCCAAUGAUCCAAAGUACCCUGGAGGCAUGAGGACUACUCUUCAGAUAAUAGCACCUGCUGUUUCAAUCCCUUUCACUUCCAGUGGUAAUCCAUUGCAUGUAAAUGCAUUUUGUUAUCAGCCAAAGGAAGCUUCAAAUCUCGAUAAACCCACACCACUACACAAUUCCAGUUUUCAGUCGGCCCCUUCCCGGAAAGAUCGUGCCAGUCCUGUGAAAUGGGAUUGUAAUUCGGAACCACCAUACGUCUGCAGGAGGGGAGUGUUUUAAUAACUUUGUUAUAUCUACAGGAAAGAGUUACUCGAGAUCUUUACUCGUCGUAGGUUUUGCUAGCAAGUUCCUGCCAUCAAACAAUCAAUGCUAAUAUCCAAAUGUUUCUUCCAAAUGUUUGGUCAUUUUUUUUCCGGUAGCCAAAUGUUUUUGAGAUGCUUGUAGGCUUGUGCUGACUUACCGAAACCAUCAAGCGAUGACGAAAGCAGCGGGUGACGAUACAUUUUACCAGAUGAAGAAGAUACAUACAAUGGAGAAUCAGAGAGGGGGGGCUGUGUUAUUAGCCAGUUCUAAAGCUAUGAAGAGAGUAGAUAAUAUAUAUUGUACAAGUGGUUUUCGAAGAAUAAUCGCCUCGAACCUUUGACCGAAACACAAUGGAACUGAGCUUUCCCGAUAUUUAAACUGUUUUUCCUGCUCAUUUUUCCAAGUAAAUAAGUAUUAGUAUCUCUCCUUUUACCCGA